AUGUCGAGAGAACGUUGCUUGAGGAAGGAAUCGGUGCUGCAGCUGCCACACGAAGUAGUAGAGCAAAUCCUAGAGAAACUUGCGGUAAAAUCUCUGCUGAGAUUCAAGGCUGUAUCGAAGCAAUGGAGAUCAACAAUUGAGUCCCAAUUCUUCCAAGGAAGACACUUGACGCAUCGUCAGCGAUCAGGAGAUCCAGAUGUUCUCAUGGUGUCCGAACGACCCUACACGGGCACUGACACCCUAAGAACCAUGGUGUUGGGUUCCUCAUCUGUCAAGAUCCCUACUCCUUGGGAGGAGACGUCGGACAAGACACUCUCCUAUUGUGUUUCCCAUAAUAGCUGUGACGGUCUCCUUUGUCUCUUUUAUCCCAACAAAUCUUUUGUGUUCAACCCAGCCACUAGAUGGUAUCGGGCUCUUCCUCGCUGUAAGUCUCACCAACCCUUGUAUCCAAUUCUCUCUACGUUUGGAUUCGGUAAAGACAUAUUCACGAGCACAUACAAGCCCGUUUGGCUAUUCAACUCUUUUGAGUUAGGCCUAAAAAACGCUACCACAUGCGAAGUUUUUGACUUUACCACUAACGCUUGGAGGUAUGUCACUCCAGCUGCUCCUUAUCGCGUUCUUGCUCUCGUUAAUCCCGUGUUUGUUGAUGGGUCGCUUUAUUGGUUAACCGACUGCAAAGAAACCAAAGUUGUAUCUUUCGAUCUUCAUACCGAAGCUUUUCAAGUCAUCUCUAAAGCUCAUUUUCUCAAUUCCUCCGAUCCUUACAAGGUGUUCAUGUGCAACCUCGACAACCGCUUGUGUGUAUCCGAGAUGAAGUGGCCCAAACCAGUGAUAUCGAUAUGGUCGUUCAGUUCAAGCAACAAGACAUGGGACAAAACGUAUUCCAUAAACCUGGAUGUAUUUGUUGUUUGGUUCCCAAAUUACCCAGUAAGUUACGUUGUCAUGCCACUAGCAUUUCUGAAGAAGAAGAAGAAGUUGUUUUAUGAUCCUGUGGUAGAUCAAGAACUAUUUCUUACACGUGUUUCCGAAACCAAACGAGAUGAAGUUGCUUUCUCGGGUGAAUCCACUGGAGUUCCUGUUUGUUAUUUUCCUAGUUUAAUCUCUAUUUUAUAG